AUGGCCCACCAUGGCAUCCGACCGUGCGUCAUCUCCCGCCAGCUGAGGGUCUCCCAUGGCUGUGUCUCCAAAAUCCUCUGCCGCUACCAGGAGACCGGAUCCAUCCGGCCCGGGGCCAUCGGGGGCAGCAAGCCCAGGGUGGCCACUCCCGACGUGGAGAAGAAGAUCGAGGAAUACAAGCGGGAGAACCCCGGAAUGUUCAGCUGGGAGAUCCGGGACCGGCUGCUGAAGGACGGCCACUGUGACCGCAGCUCUGUGCCCUCAGUGAGCUCGAUUAGCCGGGUCCUGAGAAUAAAGUUCGGGAAAAAAGAGGAAGAUGAUGACUGCGAUAAGAAGGAAGAGGAUGGAGACAAGAAGACCAAACACAGCAUCGAUGGCAUCCUGGGCGACAAAGGUAGGAGAGCUGUGCCCACAUCGGGCGUAGUGCGAUUCCACAUCGAUCUGCAACUUGCUUAG